UCCUUGUAUGACCGAUUGCAUACUGGGUAAAUCGUCACUUAUAUGCGUCGCAUAUAAUACCGUUUUCAAAACUAACGCGGUAGUGAAGGGUGUUCCUACUUUUUUCUUAGAGGUAUUAUUUAUUUGUUUUAAAGUAGAUUAGUUUAGUUUUAAAACAUUUCCAGAUUAGAUGUUUAAUGGCAUUCCUGCUCCGUGCUAGGAAUUGCAUUAUGAGAAGAAAGGAUUUUAAUUAUUUAUGGUAAACAGAGAACCGAGGUUUUUUGUAACUUAGCUAUUUGCUCGGUCCUAGCUGGAUAUAUAUUUUUGACGCGAACAGUCAAAAACCCCAUGGCCCUUAAAGAGUUUGAUUUACCUAAAACUGACUUUGAGUGGCAGCUCAACUCCCAGCACCCUUUAAUUGGUGAUGAAUUUACCAACAUGUUGAAACUGUACCAGAGAGUGCAAGAAACUUCAGAAGCUCUGAAAGAAAAGUGGACUCAGAAAAAUAGUGAAAAUAAAUUAAUGCGUAGAAAACACCUGGAAAUCAGCAAUGAAAACGCAAAAUAUGUAGCAUCCCAUAAGAAAACUGUAAUGGAAAUAGAAGCGUUACUUUCAGAAACUCAGAACUGCAAAAAGAAGAGCAUUGAAGUGAAAGCAUUGAUUCAGCAACAGAAAGAUGAAUUGGCCAUGAAAAAGGAAAGAGAGCAACUUCAGUUUAUAUUUCGAAGCAUUAGUCACAAAGAUCCUGAACUUGCCUACACUUUCACACUUAAAAUAAAUGACAAUGGCGAUUAUGAAGUGACCUCUUGUGACCCACCACUGGAGUGCAUGCCUCUACUGGAACAGAAAGUUAGGGAAACUAACAACUUCUCCGCCUUUCUCGCCAACAUCAGAAAAGCUUUUCUGCAGCUUUAGCAUGCAAUAAAACCAGUGUUUUUGUUAAGUUAAAGUUUGGGAUGGAUUGUGUCAGGUUUUUAUGAACUUGAAAUCUUUCACCAGUAUUAUAUGUUUGCUAAGAGUUCAGGCCAGUUUUGGCUUUUUACUAGGUUAGAUUAAGUGCAUGUGUCAUAUUUUUUUUAUUUGUCUUUGAUGUAAAUAUGCACCCCAUUUUUGUCUAUUAUAGAAAUUUUGUACCAGACUAAACUUGUCUAGCUUGGUGACCAGCACUUCCAUAAACCUUAAUGUUUCCCCCUGUACAUAUGUAUAUAUUUUAUGCAGCUACUAUGUAUGCUAUAGUUUUUAAUGCAAAACCAUGAGUGUUUAAUUAAAAUUAAGCACUGAACAGAA